CGUCACAAGACACCUCGCUGUGCCCCCAGUAAGACGAGGAGGAGGUGCACGAUCAUCGGCCAUCCUCGCCUUGUAUAAACUCAUUUUCGGCGUCGGUUUUUGCGCUGAGUAAACAAGCGCCGUCCGGGUGCUUGUUUGUUUCUAGCGGUUGAACGAUCCAUCGCAAAGCGCCGGGCUCGAUUGACACUGUCUGCUGAUCUGCGUGCUGACUACCCAUCGCUCGCAAUAACAAGGCUGCUCGCUAAUUCCCCGUCCAAAGAGCCUAAAAAAAAGCCCACAGGGCAGUCAAGAACAACGCGUCGCGGUGCCAGCACGCCGUUAUGGCUUCGGGAGACCUUUAUGAGGUGGAACAUAUUGUAGACAGGCGGCGGAAUAAGAAGGGAAAGUGGGAGUAUCUAAUCAGGUGGAAGGGAUAUGGAAGUAAAGAGGACACUUGGGAGCCGGAGCACCACCUCCUGCAUUGCGAGGAGUUCAUUGAUCGCUUCAACAGCAUGGGACUACAUCCGCACAAACAGCACAGAAAUCCCAAAAGUACGAGCAAUGGCCAUGCGGCAGCCACAGAAAACCCCAGAGCUCGGUCUGAAGCACGAAAGAAGAAAAGCAACAAUGGGACAGCUGUCGGAGUUCAAGGAGGAACUGUUCUACCGAUUGGAAGUAGAGGGUCAGGACAUGUUCAUAAACUGGGGAAUGUUGGCCUCGGACCCGGAAAGCAUGCUCCGCUCCAGGACAAAAUGGGCAAAGCCAUGACGUUUAGAACUCCUCCAAUAGAAGCCCCUCGCCUCCUGGCCCAAGUGAGGGAAACUGAUAAUGGGCACGUGAAUGGAUGUGUGCAACCACACACUUUGGGGGCCGCUACAAAGUCACACAGAGUGUCCUCAGACAGAGUGGAUGGAGGUCUGGAUAAAAUAGAUACUACAAAAUUGGGUUCCCCUCGAGCUAAUGGCAAGAUGCAACUCCACAGCUCAGUAAAACGCAAGCUGACAGAGGAGAAGUGCUACGUGUUUGACAAGCGGCUUAGGUACAACGUGCGACAGAACGAGACCAACUGUCGAUUUCGGGACAUUGUUGUCCGGAAGGAGGACGGUUUCACGCAUGUCCUCCUCUCCAGCCAAACAACGGAUAACAACGCUCUGACGCCAGAGAUCAUGAAGGAGGUGUGUCGGGCUCUGGGUAAUGCAGCGGCCGAUGACAGUAAACUGUUAUUGCUCAGCUCUGUGGGGACUAUAUUCUGCAGUGGGAUAGAGCCAUCCUACCUCAUAGGUCGUCUGUCCACCGACCGCAGGAAAGAGAGCAGUCGCAUUGCAGAUGCCGUAAGGGACUUUGUGUUGGCGUUCAUACGCUUCAAAAAGCCCAUCGUGGUUGCAAUCAAUGGGCCCGCCCUGGGCCUGGGGGCUUCUAUCCUGCCUCUUUGUGAUGUGGUGUGGGCCAGUGAGAAAGCCUGGUUCCAGACUCCUUGUGCGGCCCUGCACCUCACCCCCUCCGGCUGUUCCUCUUACACUUUCCCCCAAAUCCUUGGUGUGGCUUUGGCCAAUGAGAUGCUGUUCUGUGGUCGAAAGCUGACAGCGCAAGAAGCGUGCAAUCGAGGUCUGGUGUCGCAGGUGUUCUGGCCAACCACAUUUAAUCAGGAAGUGAUGCUCCGUGUGAAGGAGAUGGCGUCGUGCAAUGCUGUGGUCCUAGAAGAAUCCAAAUGCCUGGUGAGGAGCAUCCUACUACAUUGCCUGGAGGAAGUAAAUGAGAAGGAGUGUCAGAUGCUAAAGCAGCUGUGGUGCUCCACCAAAGGACUGGAGGCGCUCUUCAGCUACCUACACAACAAAACGUGUGAGAAAUAACCUCAAACUAAAGCAUCUUAAAGUGUAGACCUUUGUUUCCGUCCAUCAGCAGAGAAGAGAGCAAGGAGUUGCACUUGCUUCCAACAAGUCCUUCUCGAUCAGGUUUUUCAAGGACAUUUUGAAAAUGGACUGUCCAGAUGUUGAGUCUCCUUUCAAAAGUGCAUUAGUUUCAUAUGAACAGGGUCUUCAAGGGAAGUACAGUGUGUUUCUGAAACGAUGUGAGAAUUAAUGCGGAUUUAGGUGGGGGGGUUACUGUAUCUGAUUGCACAUGACAAAGUAAUGAUAAUAUAUAUGAAUGUGUAUGUAUACAAUUAUUUUAGUGCAAAAGUUAACUUAUGCAUAUAACAACUUUAUUUGACUUGCCUCAUGUUUUCAAGUGAAAACCAAAGUUGGCAUGAAGACGCAGUUUAUUUAAAUGCAGCUUGUACAUUCCCCUCAGGCUACUUACAGGAGACGUUCUUGUUGUCAGCUAAUGGGUUCCAGUAUCUAUACCAAAGGGUGUCAAACGCAUUUUUGUCGCGGGCCACAUCAUAAUUAUGGUUUUCACAGGAGGGCCGUUCCGUUAUGACUGCGAGAACAAAUAAAUGUGUCAUUGCCUCAUCUGAUAUAUACACAACAAAUUGAUGACUAAGUAGUUUUGAAAUCAGAGGCCAGUAAAAGCUGUUCAAAUAUUAUUGCAUUUAUUUUAAAAGGGGGAUUGCUCACAAAAAAAUGGUUCUCAAAACUUUUAAAAGUGAAGACAGUUUGCAAUUUUUUGUAUUUUAAUGAGAACUAUGAAAUCGAUGCAUAUACUUUGUUUUUGCGGACUACAUAAGAUGAUGUGGCAGGCCAGACCUGGCCCACGGAAAUUGAGUUUGACACCUGUGAACACUAAACAUGAUUUUUUGUGGGCUAAAUAAUCCAUUAAUUGAUAGUUAUCAAUUCCAGGGUUUGUGUGAAAUCGGCACUGUUGACUCAAAAGAACAAUGUGCCCUCUUAAUCCUUCACUCACUUAACUAUCACUGUUCAGUUACGGUGGAGUGGCUAAGUGAAAGGACCCUUCAAAUUGUGUUAAAAGCAUGAAAUUUGGUCCUUAUAUGAUUCAGUUUGUGAAAAUAUAAGAAAAGAAAAGAAAACGUAUCAAUGGAACAUCACAUUUUGGGGCUGACACCAUUACGUACGUAUGAGGCUGCUAAUCUUGGAAUGUUGCAUGUCUUGCGAUGUUUUUGAAAAUGGUGCGAUUUGAAAAAUACAUGGCCCAAAUUUCAUGCUUGGAUCACGUUUUGAACAAUUCUUGCUGUCGUUAUUGCAAAUGCCUGCUCUAUAAUUUCCAUGCUCAGUGUUAGUGUUCUUUUUUCUUUUGUUUUUGGUUCUUAUUCUGUCCAUGGGAUGGACGUCGAAAUCACUGGAAGUCGAGAGAAUGCCUGUGUCGAUGAAGAGUGUCUUUAAAUUAAAAGAGUUAUAAUUAAUACACAACCUAAAGGUGUAAGAUUUGCGCCUGAUUCCAUUUCUUUCUGGGAAGGAAACACAUGCACAUCAUUUGGCUUCAAGGUUAAAAUGGAGGAAUGAAACGGAUGACGUAAGUACGAUCGUCAUAUUUAUUGAGGGUCUUGUACUUUUUUUUUUAACUGAUUUUCAAGUGAUCAAAUUAUGCCUCACUAAUGGCCAGCGAUCAGUGUCGCUGUCAUAAAUUUGCAUACCGGCACGUGAUGACUGAAGAGAAAUUAUAUUUUGAUGUUUGUCGUAUUUAGGAUUUAUUUUGUUUUACCAAAAAUAUGUGAGGAACCUAUUUUGUGAAACAAGAAAUAAAAUGCAGUACUCUAGUUCUCGAACGUGUAGAUUGCCGUAACGUGUUGCAUGUGAGAUACUGUAAAUACUUAGAAAGUGUGGCCUGUUUUUUCUGGGUAUAUUUUAUACCUGCAUUGUAAGUAGCAUUUUCAAGAAGUGGGUUGUAUGUAUGGAUGUUUAUUUUUGUAUUUAUUCAAGAAAAGGUGUGAAUUGAAGUAACCAUUUAUUCUUUCAAAUGAAAUAUAUUAAACAGAAGGUGUUUGAAAAUUGCCUAGAUGACUUAGUAGACAGGAUAUUAUUCAUUUUAGAGCUGAAUAUAAUUUCUGAGAGCAAAUGCUUUAUUGCACAUAUGUCAAGUUUACCGGAGAUGAACAAUCAUUUGUGAAUUUGUCAAGGCAUGUCAAAUAUUUCAUGUUGUGUUUUGAGCAAAUUUAUAUAAGGCCGUUGCAGAUGAAUGAUAUGAAGACAUGCCCCACUCCCAAAAAAUAAAUAAAAGCGUACUUCCAUGAAAUAAAGAUACAGUAAAUGCA